GCACUCGCAGAAAGCAUCCAAGACGAUCCAGAAGGGGGAAGAGUCGAUCUCGUUUACCGGCCACCUCCUUCUUCUCAGAUGAUAGUGCCCCAUGCACCGAAUGCUCAAGCUGCCGGCCAACAUUUUUUAGGGAUGGGCUCAAGCAGGGUUCCAAAAGGAGGUACAAGACGGUAGAUAAGAAGAGUCACCCAGUACCAGUUCUAGUGAGUCAAGAAGAAGGAGUGUAUUAUGAUCAGGAAAGAGAACUGAUACAGCGAAUGAGGGAAGGCAUCCAGAAAGGGCAUUGUCGUAUCAACGAUGAGACUAAGAAAGAACUGAUAAUAGGGGAACCUGGCUUUCUCACAAGGCAAGAGGAGGACUUGGUAAAAGAACUGAUACGUGAAAAACAUGGGGCAUAUGCCUUCGACGAUGAUCAGCGUGGGCGGCUGGAUGGGGACAAGAUAGAAAUGUUCCGCAUUCAUACUGUACCUCAUGAGCCAUGGAACGUCCGAGGAGCUAAGUAUCCCAACCUUGAGGAUCGCAGAAGGGUGGUAGAGUACCUAGAUGGGAAGAUCCGCACGGAUGUGGCAGGGUACUCCAGUGGACCAUAUGCCUCUCCCUGGUUCUGUUUUGUAAAGCCAAAUGGAGUUCUCAGAUGGGUGCAAGACCUCCAACGACUUAACGAGGUAACUGUAAGGGAUGCAAGGGGUCUGCCCAAUGCUGACCAGUUAUCAGAAGUUUGUGCAGGAAUGUACAAAAGAAGGAUUGAAGGAGUGGUGGCAGGUUGCACAAGGUGGAGGGUAUGCAAGGUGAGACUAUGGAGAGACAUGGGGAAAUUCCCAAGGGAUGAUGUGGAGGAUGACUUGAGGUUCGAUGGGACCAAUCUGGAGGACUUUGUUGAGAGCUUGCAGUUGGCCGCUAAGAGGGGCGAAUGGAGCGAGGAGGAAAAGCGAAAGCAAUCGAUCGCGAGAUCAGACAAAGAUGAAAAGGAGGAAGUAAGAGAAAUUGUGGAAGGGAGUCGGACCUGGAAAAGGAUAACGGCAGAAUUGUGGAUUGCCUACACCCAGGCCAGACAAGAUCAGAUAAGGAAGGAAAGGCUGCAAAAUAAGGGGCUAUGGAUUGGAAGAGAAGUGACUGAUCCGCAGGGGAAGGAGGAAGAGAAUGAAAAAGAGGAUAAUGUACCUCUGAAGAAGUUGAAGAAUAAGGCGAUGGUCUCCCCCAAAAGCAGCAGCAAGGAAUCUUAGCAGGCGGAGGGAGAUGAACAGGAAGAGGAGGAGGCAGCACAGGAGAGGAAAAAAAGCAUGGGGGCCAGUAUGGUACCAAGGAAGAAGAAACUUGGAAAGAAAAUGGCAAUUGAGAGUGGAAGAAAAGAGGUACAAGAAAGGAGAGUUAAUAAAAGUCUAUUUUAAAA